GCCCGCCGUAGAUCUGGGAUUACCAACCAUCCCCAGGUCUCUGCUCCCAUGGUUCAGUUUCGAUGGCAGGCCCUCUUUAGGCCUGCUCCUUUCCAUCGCGUGGGGCAGCAGAUUCAACAACAGCGACAGCGACAGCAGCCAGUUCUUCGCGAGACUUUGAGUCGCGUCUCCUCCGCCUUAAACCCCUGUGGACUCCUAUCUACCCCAGCACGUGACGCUCUGCGUGUAGAGAAUCCCAAGCCCUUAACACAAAGGCCAAAGCCAGCUGUUCUGAACUACAGCAUCAAAAGCAGCGCAGGGGCUUCGAGUAACAAGGUUGGAAGAGAUGUCAAGAUACGGGGAGGCCAUGAAACGCCUUGUUCUGAUGGCCCCCAGCUCUCUCCUGAGCAGGCAAAUGUGGUCGCCCUCGCCGCGAGCGGCCGCAACAUAUUCUACACGGGCUCAGCAGGAUGUGGCAAGUCAACCGUUCUACGCGCUAUCGUGAAGCGCCUGAAGCAAAUGGACAAGUGUGUUGUGGUUCUGGCUCCAACCGGCAGGGCCGCCCUUGCGGUCGGCGGGAUGACCACCUGGUCCUUCGCCGGGUGGACUCCGAACUCGCACAAGCGCGGCAUCGAGGAGCUCAAGGCAAAGGCUAGGAGCAAGAAGAACAUGGCGGUGAGGAGGCGGCUCCGGGAGACUGACGUCGUCAUCAUUGACGAGAUCAGCAUGGUUGAGAACCUGCACUUUGAACGCCUCGACCAGGUCAUGAGGGCGGCGCGGCACAGGCGCAGGUACCAGGCCGAGCACCUGCCGUUCGGCGGGGUCCAGGUCAUAGCCACGGGCGACUUUGCGCAGCUCCCGCCUGUGAAGCCCUUCAGACAUUGCAUCGACUGCGGUAACGACAUGGACUUGGGUGAGGAUGACGAAGAGGACGCGGAGGUGUAUUCUUGUGGCCAGUGCAAGAGGACAUAUAAUGCCAGCAACCAGUGGGCAUUCCGCAGCAAGGCCUGGGAGGAGUGCGGCUUUGAGCACGUCUAUCUGGAUACAAUUCACCGGCAACAUGACCCAGCCUUCAUCUCCCUGCUGAACAAGUGUCGACUUGGCGAGCCAUUUACCCCCGAGGAAGUCGACCUCCUGAUGCACCACGAAACAGACACCACAGGAGCUGUCGAGCUCUACCCGACACGGGAAGAAGUCCGCCUCGUGAACGAGAGAGAAUAUAAUAAGCUGGACACAAAGGCAUAUUCGUUCCGGUGCCGCGAUACCUUUGUCUGGAACAAGAGGAAGCACCCGCAUCUGUGGAGCAAGGGGGAGAAGCACGCAGAUGGGUCAUUGAAGGCGCUCGACGAACAUUCCAUGAAUCGCCUCGUGGAGCUCAAAUGCGGGAUGCCCGUCGUCCUGUUGGUCAAUCUCAGCAUGAAUAAGCGGCUCUGCAACGGCAGCCAGGGCAUCAUUGUCGGAUGGACAGCAUUAGAUGUGAAGGGAGAGGAAAUGAUAUACACGGGCUCUGGCUCGGAUGGACACGCGGCACUCAAAGAACGCGAGAUAAAGGCGUACAAGAACAACAUGGACCAUUCCAAGUGGCCCAUAGUCCGUUUUAGCAACGGUGUCAUGUGCACGAUCGGACCCCAGUGCCAGGUCGACGAGCUGGGGUACGACAAGCCCUAUUCUCUGAUGUGCCGCACACAGCUGCCCCUGACGCCGGCCUGGGCGCUCAGCAUUCACAAGGCACAGGGGAUGACACUGGACAGGGUCAGGGUUGACGUGUCCAAGGCGUUCGCCGAUGGCCAGGUAUACGUUGCGCUGUCACGCGCCACAAGCUUGCAGGGCCUCGAGAUACUGGGCGGUGCCAGGGGCCUUGAGCUGCAGAUGCGUGCGAACGACGAGGUUGUCUCAUUCUAUAAGCACAAGUUCGGGCGAUAG